GAGUCCCCAUUAAUGCAGGUCGCCGCCGAUAUUUGGGUUCUUUCACGAUAUCCGACACCAACUGCUGAGGUCAACAAUUUGAUGCACUUCUUCGUGCAUUGGCUUACAACGUAAGCACACCUAUAGCUCCAGAGCUCUCCGGCUUCCAGCUCAGUGCGAAAUCGCGUUUAAAGAUGGCCACAUCAGAUGUCCUCAUCGCCUGCCUCGCGUUUUACAUAGUAGUUAACCCUGCAUCCGCCUGGCAGCUGGCCGAAUCCGGCUUAAACGAGUCCAGUUACUAUGUGCGCCAUGUGUCCAUGCACUACUCCCGGGUGUUCCUAAGCGUGAAUGUGGAAACCAAUGACUCGCCAACUUUAAUUGAAGCCCAGUGGCCGGUUGCUUACUUUCCCAUGCCCACUGUGGUCUUUCCUAGUCGGGAUGUUCAUGCGAAUGGAGAUCAUUCGGAUUGCUCGCGGUUGCAGCAGGCUCACUGGUCGCAGGUGGAUGCACUGAAUCGAUUGUGGGUCAUGGACACGGGAUUCCCCGCCAGCAAGUGCUCGCCGAGGUUGUUUGUUUUCGAUUUGAUACGCAACAAUGCAGAGCUCUUGAGGAUCGACUGUGGACAAUAUAUUGGAGCAAACGAAACUGAAAAUUUGGUGGUGCAAAUGGGCCCCAAGCUGGGCUGCGAGCAGGAGCGCCAUAUAUACUUUGUCCUGGGUCAUCAUGUGCCCGAAAUCCUGGCCUACGACAUCCUAGAGCAGACCUGGCAUCGCCGUUCGUUGACGAGCCACAAGUUCGAGAACAUGAAUCAGUCGUUUCCCAUUCAGCCAGUGGAUUUUACCUUUGGCCUUCAGGGGGAACUCAUUCUAGCUGGCGAGGAUGGUGAGCUAUACAGCACUGUGGAGAGACUGGAAAUGGAUGAGGAGAAGGACGGUAUUAAACUCAAUCACUUGGGCAGUCUCCUGGGCAGCAGUCGCAGCAUGAUAAUGGAUACCUCCGGCACUUUGUACUAUGUAAUCCCCAAGUUUGGAGCUGUGGUGCGUUGUGCUCAGCUGGAGAACAUCACGGCCGAGGGCAAUGAGAUAAUCUAUUUGACCUCCAAGAACAUACAGCAGAUAUUCUUUGGCUUUAAUGGGGCUUUGUGGGUUCUCAGUGAUAGGGUCUUGAAGGCUCAGGAUAUGUGCUUUCCAAGGUAUUAACCCUUGAAGUUCCAAAAGUGCUGGAGGCA